CUCAGAAUUGUGUCUGAGAACGCCACAGAAUAUAAUGAAGUCGUUUGGAUCAGUGGUUUUAGUGGUUUGUGGCGUUUUAUGCGUCGCUGCCGAUCCCCAACACACCUACGACGGACGCAACGGGCCCCAUGUGUUUGGAGAUCCUGGCAAUCAGGUAUAUAUACGGGGACAAAAUGAAGGAACCUAUAGUGUGCCCGGUGUAGGCGGCCAAUUUCAGAACACUCCAUCGCGGGGCGAACACGUCUAUACGGAUGAAGGUGGCAACACUUAUGUGAACCGAAAAAAUGCCGGAGGACCAGGAACGCACACCAUCAGCGGUCCUAGCUUCUCAGCUACAAAUGGACAGCAUAAAAUUAUUAAGGGAAACCACGCAGACAAUGAUUUGCACGCCGGACGUCGUACCCGACGGGACCCCCAAUUGCACGUGGAACGUCCCGGUCGUACAGUAGAUGUCGGUCCGGCCGGAUAUGUUAUUCAACGUGGACGCCGCAGCCCACAAUUUCACGUUGAGCGUCCUGGUCGAACAGUAGAUGUUGGUCCCGGAGGAUUUGUAGUUCAGCGUGGACGCCGCAGCCCACAAUUUCACGUUGAGCGUCCUGGUCGAACAGUAGAUGUUGGUCCCGGAGGAUUUGUAGUUCAGCGUGGACGCCGUGGCAUUAACGAUGCUCGGGUGCAGGGAGAAAACUUUGUAGCCCGUGAGAAUCAGGCUGGCGUGUGGAACUCGAAAGUUUCAGUAUGGACGCGUCCGGAUGGCCGCACAGUUUCUGUUGACCAACACGGAAAUUCCAUUGUCGGCCGACCAGGCCGACCCUCACAGCGUUUUUAAUACCUAAAUCAUACAAAUUUAUGAUAAUAAAAAUAUUUAACAAAA